CUCCUUGCUGUUUGUCUUGUGGAGGGCAGAGAAGAACUUCUCCAGGGCAAAAAGUACAUGGAAACAGGAUGGAAGGAUUCCUCGUAUCUCUGACACAGUAGAGCCCCAGGUGUUCCAGCCCUCCCUCACGCCUUUGCACUCUGACCCGCUGUUCCUCAAGACCCCAGAUUUGUUGGAAAUUAUUGCAAGGAUGCAGAGUACCAGGAUGGAGGAGCAGAGGUCCAGCUUCCCACCUCCCCUCAAAACUGAGGAAGACUACAUCCCCUACCCCAGUGUCCAUGAGGUGUUGGCCCGUAAAAGGCCCUACCCACUGAUCCUGUUGCCACAGUUUGGUGGGUACUGGAUUGAGGGGACCAACCAUGAGCUAGGCAGCGAGCCGGACCCUGAACAGCUGCUGUCGCCAGCCUCCCGAGUCAAGCUGGAGAGUAACACCACUGCCAAGAUCUACAGGAGGCAUUUCCUGGGCAAGGAGCACUUCAACUACUACUCCAUGGACAGCGCCUUGGGGCAUCUGGUCUUCUCCGUAAAGUAUGAUGUGAUUGGGGACCAGGAGCACCUCCGCCUGCUGCUCAGGACUAAGAUGAAAACCUAUCAUGAUGUCAUCCCCAUAUCCUGUCUGACUGAGUUUCCCAACGUCGUCCAGAUGGCCAAGCUUGUCUGCGAAGAGGUGAACGUGGACCGGUUUUACCCCGUGCUCUACCCAAAGGCCUCAAGGCUCAUUGUCACCUUUGACGAACACGUCAUCAGCAACAACUUCAAGUUCGGUGUUAUCUACCAGAAGUUUGGGCAGACCUCAGAAGAAGAGCUGUUUGGGAACAGUGAGGAGAGCCCAGCUUUUGUGGAGUUUCUGGAGUUCCUGGGCCAGAAGAUUGAGCUUCAUGACUUCAAAGGGUUCCGAGGUGGGCUAGAUGUGACCCACGGGCAGACGGGCACUGAGUCAGUCUACCACAAUUUCCACAACAAAGAGAUCAUGUUCCAUGUGUCCACCAAGCUGCCCUACACAGAGGGAGACUCCCAGCAGCUCCAGCGGAAGAGACACAUCGGGAACGACAUAGUGGCCAUCGUGUUCCAGGAGGAAAGCACUCCCUUCGUGCCAGACAUGAUCGCUUCCAAUUUCCUGCAUGCCUACGUGGUGGUGCAGGUGGAGAACGCCUGCUCGGACAACGUCCUCUACAAGGUGUCUGUGACGGCACGGGACGAUGUGCCCUUCUUCGGACCAGCGCUGCCAGACCCUGCCGUCUUCAGAAAGGGCCAGGAGUUCCACGAGUUCCUCCUCACUAAGCUCAUCAACGCUGAGUACGCCUGUUACAAAGCUGAGAAGUUUGCAAAACUCGAGGAACGAACGCGGACCGCCCUGCUGGAGACCCUGUACGAGGAGCUCCACGUGAACAGCCAGGCCAUGAUGGGCCUGGGAGGCGAGGACGACAAGCUGGAGAACGGCAGCGGAGGAGGCGGAGGCUUCUUUGAGUCCUUCAAGCGGGUGAUUCGCAGCAGAAGCCAGUCCAUGGACGCCAUGGGUCUCAGUAACAAGAAGCCGCACACAGUCUCCACUAGUCACAGCGGCAGCUUUACCCACAACCCGCCAGAGACCCCCAAAAUCCCUGGGAUAUCAUUGCUUGUCCCGGGGAAAAGUCCCAGUAGAUACGGACGCCGCGGCAGUGCCAUAGGGAUAGGAACCAUAGAAGAGUCGUUGAUCAUUCCUGGGAAAAGCCCCACCAGGAAGAAGUCCGGGCCCUUCAGCUCCCGUCGGAGCAGCGCCAUCGGCAUUGAGAACAUUCAGGAGGUGCAGGAGAGGAGCAGAGAGUGCUCCCCCAGCACGCAGAAAACACCUGACAGCGGACACGUCUCUCAGGAUCCCAAGUCGGACAACUCGUCCAACCACAGCUCUCCCGAGAUGCCCACCACAAGGAACAGCUCUGCCAUGUGUUGCAGGGCUCCCUCCAUCCCAGAAGGAAACGACCUGUCCCGCUCCUCGUCCAACGCAAGCAGCUUUGCCAGCGUGGUGGAGGAGAACGAGCAAGAGGCCGUGGAGGAGUACGACACCGGCUUGGAGAGCCUGUCCUCUGCUGGAACGCCACAUAAGCGGGACUCCUUUGUCUACAGCUCCUGGGUGGAGGACAGUGCCAGCAGCAGCAGCGUGAGCAACUCGCCAGCCCCUGGGCGGCCACACCCGACCGAAGCAGCCAGGCCCGAGACCCGAUGUAAACCGGAGCGCUCCCAGGACAAGUCCUCUUCGAACUGCUAGUCCCUCCUGCCUGAGCCCUUCAUGGACAUCCAUCAACAGCAUUGCCAUAAGGGACCCCCAGCGGAGGAGUCAGGAUGGAGGAGGGUGUUCGGCUGCACCGAGAACGAGUACCCCAGCCAGCUUGCCACCAGGCGGUGAUGCUACGGUAACACCCACAACAUCGGUCCAGGCAGCGGCGCGAUCGCCCACAGAAUUACAGCAGGGAGCCGGGAACCUGGACGGAGGACAGGGGGGCGCUUGACAGGGACCACCUCCCUCUGAGCUUGUGUUUCCUUUGCCCGUCCGUCCGCUCGCUCGCUCGCUUCAUUCCAUGCUCGUCUCUGCUUCCGCCCGCGCUGUCCGCAGACGAUCCCUCCACCGUCACCUGACUUUUCUGCCGCCACUGACGGCGGAGACGCCGAACUGCGUGGAGGCGACCAGGACAAAAACUCGUCCCCAACGAGUGCCGUGGCCUGCAUGUGUCCUGGUCCCUUGGGGGGCGAGGAAUUGCCAUCGCUGCUUAUGCAAAAUUGAAAUCGUCAUCGUGAUCAACUUAAUCUGCAAAAUCCCGUGUUCAGCAGCAGAGCCUCCCUGUGGCUUCAGCAAAUGUCAUCAGCGCUGGACUGCGUACACUGUGAACGGUUGAGGGACGUCAGGAGGGACCCCUGUGUGUGCUCACAAGGGAUAUUCUGAUGAAAAACAUCUGUGAGGGUAAAAAUAGUGUUUAUCAGAGGAAACGGCGCUUUCAAAAGUCAUGCAAUACGUUUUAGAGCAAAAGCGCAGCUCGGCAAUGAAAAGCAACGUUUAAUUCUGGCACCUGCUGGAGUCGUCACAAGGGAAGCGUGGAUUUUCUGCAAGAUGGAUCUCCGCACCGCUGUCUCUCUCUCACACACACAGACACACACACACACACACACACACACAUAUACACAACACACAGAUUGCUUCCGGUGAAGGUUAUGCGCUUUUACUUUGCACAAGGCUCCUUCGAACGGUGUCCUUUGACCUUUUGUCCUUUAUUUACGCUGUUAUGUGGCCGAUGUUGUGAACCGUACCUUGACGUUUCUCGUACAUGAAAGUUGUGUGUUUCUCGUGUUCGUACCAAAGAGACCGUGUUGCUGGCUGGAGGAAGUAAACGUCUUUUUACACCGUGGGGGGACAGCUGACGUAGCGGCUUCCAGUCUGAUUUAAAGUUAAUUUUCAUGUUAAUUUAUGUAUAUAUUGAGGAUGUACAGACAUACAGCGUAGAGUUUGACCUCAUGAUGACAAAUUAAAAAAAAAAUGGAGGAAAAAAAUCUAAAUGCUGGUUCGCAAACCUGAAUUUAAGAAAACACGUAUUUGCGGUGACUUUCUCCGAUUGAAGAGACGGGACUGUGUGUAAUUUGGGUUGUGAUUUCCUAUUUCUUUUUCCGGAGACGUUCUUAGGAAAAGACACGUGAGUCACUGGAGGUGCCGUUAUUUAGGGAAGCCGUCAAAUAGCUCACAUGGCCCGGACUUCCAGUGUGAUCAUGGAACGCUUUGCUACUGUGAAAUCUGAUGUUGCCUUUUAAAUCAAGUUGUCCUGAAGGCCGAUGGCUGGGGAGACAGAGGAGGAAGUUCAGUGGCGCUCGGCGCUCCGGCUGAAUGUAAAACGUACGAGAUCAGGGUUCCUUGGGCGACCCGAACGAACUUUGUACAUAAUCGUGUCCGCAGCGCGACCCACUGCGUUCUGCUGCUGUUCUCGUGCUCCACGUGCGUUCUCAACGGUCCGUCUGGCUGUGUCUGUGCUCUUUGAAAGCUGCUUUCAGUAACAAUAAACGAUAUAAAAAGCCCGAUUGCAAUAUAAUUGCAGUUUUACUCUGGUCCUAAGUAAUAAAUGGAGGUGAAUGUUACAUGUGCCAAAUUAUGACAUGUUGGGAGGCUGGGAAAUGGAGAAAAAAAAAACAUUGUUGGUUCUGGAAUACCGUGAUACCGAGUCCAUUGUGUUUUCUGGCUCUGCUCACAUACAGGAGCUGGGAGGGAAAGAGUUUUUCAGCUUAAUCACUACAUUCAGUCACCGGCACCUUUCUGGAAUUGUACCCUCCUGGACUCAGCCUUCCAGGUUCAUGGGUUUUCCAGGUCCAAAUUCAGUCGUCCUGUAGUUCUCAGUCUCCCUGGUGUCCACGCAAGUCCCGAUGAGGCCCAAACCCUCAACGUGGAAGAUCUUUGGCUCUGUGAAAGAUCUCUUCGGCCAUGUCCACUCUGGGAGUACGUGUGCUGCCCGUUCACUUAUGAAAACCAGACAUAGUGGAGCUGGACACCAUGAUGAACCAGAAAAAGGACAGCGCUCAACUGUCUGCUCAUCUCAAAGGUCCAACAGCACUGGGCUCGAAAACAAUUUGAAAACGAAAACAGUUUAUUGUGUGUAUGUGUAAAAGGGCGGCGGGUUCCUGCACCCUGACGGGUUUGGACCGAAGCAGCGCCACGUCCUGUGGACCCCCUGCAGGUUCUCUUCUCCGUUGUUUGUUGUUUCCUGGGGGGGAGGAAUCUGAGUAAUGAGGAAAAGCCAUGUGACCCACAGCACGUCCUUCGUUUUCCGGAACUUUUGCACUUGCAGUGUGACUCAUUGAAACAAUGAUUGUAACUGUUGCUUUGGUUUUAACUGCUGAAUUGAGAUCCUGUUCAAAAGUCAUAUUUGUACAUAAUGCAUUAAUUCUUCUGUACAUA